CAACGCAUUGCAACCGGCAGAAAAUUUUAACGAUCAUCAUAACUUUGUAUAUUCAAAAAUUUAAGUCAAAGCUUUUUUCUCUUCAAUUGUUUGGAAUAGAGUGUAGUUUUUGUUAUGAAAUUGAAUUACUUAUUCUUAAUGGUCACUAUCUUUACUGAACAGUGCUGUAUUGAAUCUUUUAAAUUUUGGCAAAAGAGUUCAGCUACUGAAGCAGAUAUUGGACCGGAUGGCCUCACAUAUCAGCAGAGGAGACGUGCCCUGAACUCGCACAACAGGUGGCGGAAUGGACUCAAGUGGAGGGACCGGAACAGGGAGAGCUUCAGUGGAUACCCGGUGGGCAUGAACAAAUUAGAAUGGAGUGAACAGCUGGCACUCACCGCCAAACAUGUUGCGAGUGCGUGCAAAAAGGACCACUUGUCCGACAGAGGGACUCUUUUUGCCCAGCUGGAGGAGGAGAUGGGAGAGAUAGGGGAGAAUCUGGCAUUUGCAAGUGGCUUCCAGGGCAAAACCAGGCAUGUGGGACGGCUAGUGCUGGAGUGGUACAGGGAGAUCAAACAGUACAGCUGGCGACAACACACAUGUAAUCCUUCAUGGGCGUGUCGUCAUCUAACCCAAAUACUCUGGGCGGACACCAAGUACAUAGGGUGUGCACAGGAGAAGUGUGUGAACACUUGGAAGAAGAGAGGCAGGACACGGACUUGGACCAACUUUGUCUGUCACUACAACAUAGCCGGCAACUGGUGGGGAGAGACGCCAUUUGAGACGAUCCACACAUAUGAUCCACAAAGAAUGUGUCCAGAAGAAGGAACCAGGCUUGAUGAUGUUUAUGAAAAUUUGUGUGUAGAGAUAUAGGUUUAUUCAUCGAAUAGCUUCUUGAGUUUGCUUCAAUGGAAUACGUUUUAAUUU